AUGGAAAAACUUAGCAAAGAUAAAUAAGUGGCACAGUCUGGCAAUAACUCAAAAAGCAAGGAUACUUAGGUGGCAGUUAACUCAAAAAAGAGGGGAAGGAGCGAACUUGGUGAUAAUAAUGAAGAGUUAAAGCAAUAAAGUACAAAGAAGAUACACUUCUAGUUGUUGAAUUUGGAGGAUUUGCAGUAAAAGAUAAGGUAGCAAGCUUCGACUUGGUAAAUUAUCUCCUAUCUAACAUCUAAUUAGGAUCAUACAAUCAUCAAACCUAAAUCAAAUGCUAAAUUUGGAUAAUCGCCCACAGAUUGGGUUUUCCUUUACGAUGGAUCAGUAAUCUAAAAGAGGUUGCUAGAGCUUUCUAAUGAUGGCUAUAGUAUCGUUAUUGUUACAAAUCAAGGAGGUGUUGAAGCUGGACAUACUAGCAUUAAUGAUCUGAAAAAGAAGUUCACUCUAAUUCAGAAAGAAUUGAAUCUCCCAAUGCUCUUUUUGGCUGCCACUUAUUCUGAUCAGUAUAGAAAGCCAGCAACAGCCACAUGGGAGUACUUUUUAAAGAAAUACACUAAAGAUGGUAAGAUAGACAUGAAGAAAAGCUUUUACUGUGGUGAUGCUGCUGGAAGACCCAAAGAAGGAGAUAGAAAGAAAGACUUUUCAGAUACUGACAGGAAAUUCGCUGUCAAUCUAGGUAUCCCAUUUUAAGUACCAGAGUAAACUUUCUUGGGUGAAUAGGUUAAACUACCUUAAAUAAAGAGAGCAGUUAAAGAAGAGAAAAAGGGAUCAGCAAAUGCUGAAGACGGUCCAGCUGAAUAAGUAGAUUAUAAAGGCAAAGGACAAGAGAUAAUUUUAUUCUUUGGAUCACCAGGCUCUGGAAAAUCUACAUUCUGGAAGAAUCAUUUAUCUGAUUACGUUAGAGUAAAUAAUGACACUCUAAAGACACCAUAAAAAUGUAUGGCAGUCUGUGAAGAAGGUCUCAAGGCUGGCAAGAGUGUAGUAAUAGAUAAUACAAAUGCAACUCUAGAAUAAAGGACAAGAUAUCUCACAUUAGCCAAGAAAUAUAAUGUUUCUAUCAGAUGCUUCAUGUUUGAUGUUACUAAAGAGGUUUGCAUGCACAACAAUACUCAAAGAAAAGUAAAUAGCCAUAGAUAGCAUCUAAGUGGUAAGAUCCCGAACAUUCCUAUACAUAGCUUCUUUAAGAAUAGUGAAAAGCCACAAGAAAAAGAGGGAUAUGCUGAAAUUAAAAAGAUACAGUUUAAAGCAGGGCCAUUCGAAAAUGAAGAAGACAAAAAAUGCUACUACUCCUUAACAUGA